AUGAACGCCAGCCGCCAGCGUCACCCCGACUACCUCGUCAUCUUCCGGCCGCUCUUCGCCCAAGCUCUGGCUGCGCCUAUCCGUACCUUAAGACUAAAGACCACCAUCGACGGCCACUUCUCGCUGCGCUGCAAUCGGAUACCCGAGCUUAGACUGCUCACCACAAACGAAGCAUCACCCAUCCGAGGCCGUCACAGCGGCGCGCUCUGCCGACCUCGACCAGCCUAUCUGGACCUUCGAGCUCGACUUGUGCCCCCUACUUGCUCCCCCACACCACCUGACCUGGACGACGCCUCGCAUUCCGCAUUCCACAUUCCUCCAGGGCCCAUCAUGAACGGCACUCAACAGACCCAAGACGUCGUCGCACAACAACCAUUACAGCCAGCAGCCGCCAAUGCCAAUGCCAACGCCAACGCCAAUGGUUCGUCGACGGCGGCCAAGAAGCGCAAGAAGGACAGCCUGAAGCCUAUCAUUACCACCGAGACACCACCCGCCCCAAGCUUCACUUACACAGGACAUUAUCACCUUUUUAUCCUCCACCAUCCGCACCAUUACCCCUCUAUCCUGUCUAAAAGCGCCGCGCCCGGUGCCGCACGUUCUUCCCUGCGCUCUGUGGCGGGGCGGAGUACGGGGGCAAGCAACACAGACCAAGCGAGUUUGAGCCUGUCAAGUCCGACAGGCCCUGUCCAAGUCCAAAUCCAGUCCAGUUCAGUUCGGUCCAGUCCGAGUUGGCACAGCGGAAGCAGAGGGCAGCGUCCAGUCAGUGUGCCCAGCACCGCGCCGCGCAGCUUGUCUCACACCCGGUCUGCGGACCGCUUUCGAAGGACGCUGCGACACCGCUGUCAAAAAACGUGGAAGAAGAGCACGACGAGACGACAGACGACGAAUACUUGGGGAUCCAUACAGUGGGACCAACGCUGGUACCCGACGACAUGGUGGCUCCGGAUUGGACGCUACCGUUGCCGUUGCACAGGGAAGCCAUUGGUCAGGCCUGAGAUGGACGUUUGGCGCGCUGAACGUCAGCCAAAGAAUGGGCGGCUCCCCCACGCCGCAAAUAUUACGGGUCGCCAGCUGUUGCCACCACCGACCGGUACCUCAGCAGGAGCAACAGCAGCAGCAGCACCACCACUCCACCACCACAACCACAGAUGCGCAGCACUUUGGAAGUUGGAGGUGCAUGUUCUUGAGAUCUUGUGGUGGCAUGUCGGCAAUGUUGGCAAUGUUGGCAUGCUAGGUGCGUCGACCGGUGCGGGAGCGUUUCUGGCGCCACCUCUGGUCGAGCGAGACAUGACCGUCACCGUCGUUGACCAUGGUCAACGCAGACUCAACUGGACUGACUGA